AUGUCUGCCGUCGCAGCAUCCACCGGCUCGCCCAACGAGCGCCGUGCUUCGGCUUCCAGGAGUUUCUCGCAGUCUCAGGACGAGAACACGAAGCUUCCCGAUGAGUUGAUGUCUCCCAACUUGCAGCAGGUUAAGAUGAACGAGGCCAUGGCUGCCGUAGACGCCUACUCCAUGGACAAAUUGUACGCCACCAUCUCCGAGCAACAAGUCAUGUCACUGCAGCAACGCAGCGUCGAGUCUUUCAAACCGUCGGACGAAGAAGUCAGAUUCCCUCGUGCCCUUGAUCACCAGUCGUCGUGCAGCUCUCUUCCCAUUACACCCGCUACGGAUGGGUUCCAUACAACUGCAUCUACGACUAGACCUGCUAGUGCCACGCUUAGCGACGGUCAACCCACCAACGACGAGGUUUUACGUCUGAAGCAAGAGCUUGCGCAGGCCCAGACCCAAAUCUCACGGCUGGACCAAGAACUGGCUCAGACUCGCUAUGUCACCCAGGACGGUGUAUGCGCAACGCCAGACUUGAGUGUCGAUCCCGACUUUCAGGCUGCCAGUGUUGCGACGGUAUCUCCCUCGGGCUCGCGACCCGCCACGAACGGAGCAUUUGGAUGCCCUGCCAAAAUGCCAUUUGGCCGUGACAACAACUGGGCGGCUCACAACAAUGCGCGCCCCGAUACUGGAGAUACUUUGUUAGACAUGUCGGCUGCAGGCCUCAAUCGUUCUCGCGCCAUUUGGAACAACAGCAAAUCUUCCUAUUCUCCGACUUUUGCGCCCGGACCUAUCGCCAUUGUCGACGGUCCCCAGGCCACACCGUGGCAGAACAUGCGUGGCUCGAACCAGGCAUACGAGCCUUCUUAUAUGCCAUCGGCCCUGGAGACUUACCGACCUGAGCGUAUCAACAAUGAUCACGACAUGAGCCGCCCCAUGGGUCGUCGAGGCAACAGAUACGAUAACCGCUUAGGCUCCUCCAGUGCCUAUGGUGGUUACAGUGUGUACAGCAUGGGGCCUGGCCACUACGAAGCUACUACUCCUGCUUAUCCAGGAGGCCCGCCUAACGCCAUGGCGGGCGGCGCAGGUAUGAAUAUGUAUUCGGCCUACCCACAGCCGCCGGUUGUAUCACCGCUCUCUCCGCAUGCCACUGAGUUUACUGCUGCAGGAGCACCUUGGAAGACAGAGACUGUGACUUCCGAAGGACAAACCUAUUUGCCGGCUACGGAGCCUCUCAACUAUCGCAGGCUGUUGGACCGCAACGUCACUUGCGACUGGAAGUAUAUCGUCGACAAGAUUGUUUGCAACAAUGACCAACAGGCUUCUAUCUUCCUUCAGCAGAAGCUUAAGGUGGGAACGCCCGAGCAAAAGUAUGACAUUGUUGAAGCCAUCGUUGCGCAAGCCUAUCCUUUGAUGGUCAAUCGGUUCGGAAACUUUCUCGUACAGCGCUGCUUCGAACAUGGCACACCUGAGCAAGUCAUCAAGAUUGCUGAGGCAAUCCGCGGCAACACUCUCAACCUUUCUAUGGAUCCCUUUGGUUGCCACGUCGUUCAGAAGGCCUUCGAUUCUGUCCCUGAAGAUUACAAGGCUAUCAUGGUCCACGAGCUUCUGCGCAGGAUCCCGGAGACGGUUAUUCACCGUUACGCAUGCCACGUGUGGCAGAAGCUGUUCGAGCUGAGAUGGACUGAAUCUCCCCCGCAGAUCAUGAAGUACGUCAACGAUGCUCUUCAUGGCAUGUGGCACGAGGUUGCAUUGGGUGAGACUGGUAGUCUUGUUGUCCAGAAUAUCUUUGAGAACUGUUUGGAAGAAGACAAGCGUCCCUGCAUCGAGGAAGUCCUUGCCAACAUCGAUAUCGUCGCCCAUGGCCAAUUUGGAAACUGGUGCAUACAGCAUAUCUGCGAGCAUGGUGCUCCCGCAGACCGCAGCCGUGCUAUCGAUCAUGUUAUUCGCUAUGCAGCUAAGUACAGCAUGGACCAGUUCGCCUCAAAGGUUGUUGAGAAGUGCCUCAAGAUUGGAGGCCCAGAAUUCCUGGGUCGCUAUCUGGAUCGCGUUUGCGAGGGCAGACAUGACCGUCCACGCAUCCCGUUGAUCGAUAUCGCCAGCGACCAGUAUGGCAACUACCUCAUCCAGUACAUUCUGACCCAUGCCAACCCUCAGCACCGGGAGAUUGUUGCUGCUCACAUCCGGAAGCAUAUGGUCUCUCUUCGUGGAUCGAAGUUCGGCUCCCGCGUCGGCAUGCUCUGCACCAAUCACGCUGUUGCUACUCGUCCUGGCCCUGGUGUUGGCCCUGCCAUGGGAGGCCGCGUUGCUCCUGGUCCUCGCUUCAAUGGAACUUAUCACCGUUGAAGGCAUGCCGUAUUACGACAGACCCCUCACUCAUGAGGACGACAAUUCUCCUCUUUCGUUUCAAGUAUACACUACCUUUUGUUGCGACAAUGUUCGAGUACAAAGGACGUCGUUCGUUCAAUCCUGCGCUGGAUUUUCGCAAUCGGUUCUCAGCUGGAAGUUUACUUAUAACAUAUGAGAUUCGGUUUUCACAACAUCUUCGUCUGCAGCUAAUUUAACAAAUCAC